AUGUCAGGCAAGGAGGAGGUUGGGGAGAGUCUAGCACUUGUUGCAUAUAAUGGGAUUGCAUCUAGAAUCAAUGAAACUGGGCUUCAACUUUAUCCAGUUUCUGAGUAUGACUCUGGUGAAGGUUUACCAUAUGCGCCUGUGGAUUGGCCAAAUGUUGGUGAUAAGUGGGGCUGGAGGACAGGGAAAAGAGCUACAAAUUCAGGCACAUUCAAAGAUAGAUAUUUGUAUCUUCCGGAGCGUUUUCAAGCACCGAAAGAUGGAAAGAAAAAUGCUUUCCGAAGUAAGACUUCAGUUAAAAAGUAUGUCCAAUCUCAGUAUCCUGGUAUGGAUAUCGACCAAUUCUUUGCCUCAUUCAGUUGGAUGAUUCCUUCAAAGAAGUCGCCAAACUCAAUAGGUUAG